GUUUAGGGAGCAGUAUCCCUAUCCCCUGCAUUCGUUCAAGAAACUCCUUUUGGGGUCAGCUCGAAAACUUAUCGAGCCAAAAGACUUAGGUGCUUUGGGAUGUGUAUAAAGUAUGAUGAGAUUCAGAAUGUCUGCGUGGAUGCCUGUGUGUUCUGGGAUGUUGAGAGAAGAUGAAGAUUUGAAUUUACUUUAAUCACAGGCUGGCUAGGAUUGGGGGAUUAAAGUUCUUUUGUAGCGCGGAAAAUCAUUAUUUAAUUUCUUUUUAGAUGAUCUGAAGAAGAUCGUGAAUGCAAGCAGUUAUUAGCGGAUUGUAGAAACGUGGGCACUUAGAUUGUUUACUCCACUUCACUACUACUUACUUGAAGAACUACGUGCAUUAGAGAAAAGAAAUGCUACGCGUUGGAACAUCACCCGCGUGCUCAUCGACGCGAGCAUUUGCGAGAGGUGCGUUAUUUGAUCCAAGGUGGUUGCUCGAUUUUCGAACCUCGACAACUUCACGCCACUUCUCUUCACCUUCACGUCACUUCUCUUCAUCUUCUUCAAGGAUAUUACUUUUACCACGAGCAACACCUGCAUGCCACUUUCCAAGUUCCGUUCACAGAACUUCUUCUAUUGCAACAAGGAUAAUCCUCGGCAUGAAUUGCCAUCAGAAAAAUCCUUACCAGCCCUUUGACGUUGGCUUACUACCAAGUCAGAGACAUCUUCUAGGGACCUCCAGCGGCCGACAUCUUCUCAAUCUGCUAGGCACCGAUAUCCGCCAUUUCGCAUCCUUAACACCGGAAGUUGCAGAUAGACAGGAUAGAUUAUUGAAAGGGCAGAUGGCGCUUUUUUGGGCUGGCAUGUGGUUUAUGGCCUUCGGCGCCAUGUUUGCAAUCAUACCUCUGUUCAAACUGUGGUGUAUGUUAUGGCAAUGAGACCUUUGAGCUGUCUACUUGUGCACCAAACUAUUGUUGUGGUGUAUGUUAUAUUCGCUUGUCCGUGUCCCCUUCAUGUCCAGCACAUUCAAAGUGUUCUAAUUAAAUUCAUCACCUUCAGAGCCAGAAGGAGGCGCAAAGGCACAUUGUAACAAAAAAGGUAUGAAUUCAUCAAGGGACGGAAAGGCAUUCAUCUUUUUAAAGGGAACAAGACACUAGGACCUCUAAGUAGAUGCUUCAUCGUCUCAAGUAGAAGAUGAAUUCAGAUAGGAAAGGUGAAAGCUUCCUAGGCACGUAGAAGAAGAAGUUGCCGAAUAGAUUCACAUGAUCAGGAGAUGUAAAUGUCGUGCCCAGCUAACGUGAAUGGUUCCGGUAUUUGGUCACCUGAAUUUGAUCAUCAGGGAAAACAAGAAGAGAACCAUACAUAACGAUAUUUCUCCUCUAAUCGUCUCCACGGGCGAUAGCGCCAGAGCGGAUAGGAACUUUACUGGGCAUAAGGAAUAUGACUGCCUGGACCAGAAGGAUGACCCGGUCUGCGCGAAUCGGAUUGUAAAUUAUGAGCUAACACCAAUGUUGAUUCUUUUUGUUUUUACAAAAACAUCGAAAUUCUUGAAUGCUGCUGCUGGGGUUCGUUGUGUCCAUUUUUUAGUUUUUAUGAAUGAAACUACAUCAACAGCACCAUCUUCUAUCAGAAGUUGUAUUUUGCUUCACGCUCUUGUUUUCUUCUAACUUUCAGUGAAUUUCAAUGGGACAGUGAGUCACAAGCUAGACUGGGAAUUUGGACCACAGCAGCAUGCGAUUUACGUAGCUCCCGGCGAGACGGCUUUAGCUUUCUUCAAAGCGAAGAACGUGGGAACUAAACCCGUGAUUGGAACCAGUGUCUACUCAAUCUUUCCACCAGAAGCUGGUACUAACAAGUGAUCGGAACCAGUGUCUACUCAAUCUUUCCACCAGAAGCUGGUACUAACAAGUGAUCGGAACCAGUGUCUACUCAAUCUUUCCACCAGAAGCUGGUACUAACAAACACUUGAAGAAAUCAAACAUCAAUUUCCAUCUGACACUAAUUGUUCUAAAAAGUGA